AUGGCUACAAACACCGGUGCAACUCUUGAUAUGGUUGCAGGGUAUAAUGAAAACCGUUCUUCUCAAUUGGCUGUAGUUAAUUACAUGAUACCAUAUAUUCAUUUGGAAGCUAUGAAAAUUAUUAUUCAAUAUCUUCAACAAACAAAUAAACUCAUCACAUCACCACUUAUUGUUCAUAAUGAUCUUCCAACAAAUGAUUGGACAAUACUUUAUCAACUUCUUGCCAAAGAUAAUUCAUAUCAAGGUGUGGCUAUUGGUCGUUCAUUUUAUGAACAAUGUCUUCCAUCAAAUAGUCUUUCGAUUGGAUUUUCAUCUUCGUCAAUUAAUUGA